AUGGCACGGAGGUUGUCAUCAAUCUGUUCGUUCGGGCUCUUACGAUUGUGGAUUUGGGCUACGCUGACAGGGUUCUCGACGAAGAAUGUGUUCCCGCAUGUCUUUAUUCAGGUCCACGAGAAUCAGCGAUUCCCAAGGCAGCUGGUCCAGAGGCAUGCCUGUGCUCCUAAGCCACCUUCUCCCGAUCCCAUCGACAAGUUGCUGGAGGCCUUGGUUAUGCAGGACAAUGAGCAGAUGAGACGUGUGCUUGCCGAUGCGGUGCGGACGGUUUUGCAGGCCGAGGCCGAGAAGAAGGUGACCGUGGCGGAGGCCGAGAAGAAGGUCGCAGAGGCCACAGCCGACAAGAAGGUCGCAGAGGCCGCAGCCGACAGGAAAGUCGCUGAGGCCGACAAGAAAGUCGCUGAGGCCGACAAGAAGGUCGCUGAGGCCGAAUUCCAGAAAAAGAUCACGCAAAAAGAUCUGAAAACAUCGGAAGACAACCUCUUGGCAGUCAAGGGCGAGCUCACUGCAAGGGACAUGAUGGAGCGAUUCGCAAACAAGGAGUACGGGACGAGCCCAACAGCUCAAGUGAUGCAGUCCAUA